AUGGAGUCCCGUUUUCGUGUCAGAUUCUGGCCUCGACGCGUCAGAACUGCGCCCGCUGAGCUCGAUCUGCACAGUGUGCCCUACCAAAACGCGUCUGACGGUCAGAAGCAACCAGUAUUCAUCCACCAGCCGCUUGGGCGGAACCUGAGUGAGAGGCGGAAGAAGGACGACGCCUUGGCGCUCCGCGGACUCGCCUACCGGACCAGCAGAGCUGGAAGACCGCCCGUCAUCGGAGAGCGUCCGCACCCAGGCAAUGGUCCUGUUAAGCUCAAUGCCACUCGCCGGCUCAGCUCAGGCGAGCUUUCGAUCACCACUCAGGACCAAGCGCACAUACUGGAGAACAUUCGGGACGGCGAGUAUGUUGUGGCUAGCAACAAGCGCCACUCCAGAUCAGCAUCUGUGAAAAGUCCUGCGCCAGGCGACCGGCGAGGGUCGCACUCUUCAGUGAAUGCGUCGCCGCCUCAGAAGUACCCUCCAACAUCUACUCCUGCCUCAUGGGCGCCAUUUCAUGGCUCAUCGCCACUACUUGACAUCCCCGAGAACGCAGCGCCUUAUGCAUCUGUACGCACAUCUUCGGGACUGGUCUGCAAUUCGACCUCGAAUCUGCCAGACGUCUUUGGUCGGCCCACUUCUACCCAGUCGUCGCCCAUGACAGAUGGUCUCGGCAUCUCAGAUCUGCAGCCAAUGUCUCCUGGCAUUCUCAAGAAGACUUCAUCCCACAUCUCCUUGACCGAACCUCCGACGGAGCAGAACGCGACCAUUCGGGCGUUAUGGAAGGCCGAGUACAAACAGCUUGUCGCCAUGUAUGGUCAAUCGGGCGUCAACAAAAACCUCGGCGAUGGGCCUUGGGAACAAAAGAGGCUCUCGACCAUAGCGGAUGUUCCCCCUGGUGGUGAGAAGCCGAUCCCGUUCGCCUUGGUUCCGCUGCCUCGUCCUAGCUUUGAGCACAGGGAAAUCACUGCGCAGCCAGGGACUAGUCGCCUGUCAAAGAACGAAUCCAGCUUACAAGAUGAUACAUCGGACGAGGCGUCACAACAACGCCUCUCAUUCAUUUCCUCUGCGGGCUAUGCAUCAUCAUACACAACAAGAGCUAGUGUCGGAGACUCCGAUUCUAUCAACACUAAGGAAGACAUCAGAAAGCUCGUCGAGAGCAUGAGAUCAACAUAUAUCCAGGCUAUCGAGGCUCGUGAGCCUUCACUACAAGCCGUGAAGGCGAUGAAAAAGAAAAAGAAGAAAACAAGGACGUCGAACACGCCGCAAAGUACUCCGAAGGUAUCGUCAGGACCCACUACGCCCGAGAGUGAGCGGACGUCCGUGAUGCCUGCUAGCAGCUCUCCUUCGCUGCGGUCUCAGCGAAGCACGCGGGUCCCGUCGCUACCCGUGGCCACCAUUAGCACUCUGCCAGCCAUCCAGGCGUCGCCGACUCGAGAAAGGGUUCCUGAUCUUGGACUGAAAAGAGCCGACUCGUCGACAUUAGGCGCGCUUAUGGGAGAGACCAAGCGCGCUGGCAUCCGGAAACGCACAUCAGAGCGCCACUCCCGACAUGGCUCACAGAGCACAAAACCACAAAGAUCGUCUUCAUCCGUGAGGACCACGGCGCUGAAAGAUAAUGCGAAUGUUUCUGCUGAAGACGCGGAGCCGUUGGAUGAGGAAUUUGCAUCACUAUAUCGAGAUAUCUUUCAGGGGUCCAGCCACGAAUUUUGGCAGUCGUCGCCAACACUCGAGAGUACCAUCGCCCUAUCGUCGACACUCGAAUUACCUCCACCUUCCGACAUCAGCUCGUCGGAUUCGUCCACACCUACACAAGCUGUCCCGGCAGCCUCUUGA